AUGUUCACCGGUUUCAUCUUGAUGUUCCUCUCAACACUGAUAUUCGCGUUCGGAAGAUCUUAUGGAGUACUGUUCGUCGCGAGAGCGCUGCAAGGCAUCGGAUCAUCUUGCUCUUCCGUAUCCGGUAUGGGAAUGCUUGCUGAGCGAUACCCUGACGACAAGGAAAGAGGCAACGCGAUGGGAAUAGCAUUAGGAGGUCUAGCACUUGGAGUCCUCAUCGGACCUCCUUUUGGUGGUCUGAUGUACGAAUUUGUAGGAAAAACUGCACCGUUCCUCAUGCUAUCUGCACUGGCCCUUGGUGAUGGAUUGCUUCAGCUCAUGAUCUUGCAGCCGGGCGUGGUGCGGCAGGAGACGGAACCUCCGUCCCUUCGUGCUCUUGUCACUGACCCUUACAUCAUUGUGGCUGCUGGAGCGAUAACAUUCGCCAACGUUGGUAUAGCUAUGUUGGAGCCAAGUUUGCCGAUCUGGAUGGCAGAUACGAUGGAAGCGCGGCGCUGGCAACAGGGUGUCGCCUUCCUGCCGGCUAGCAUUUGCUAUCUCAUUGGUACAAAUCUCUUCGGUCCACUCGGCCACAAGAUGGGCCGCUGGCUGGCCGCCUGCUCUGGACUAGUCAUAAUCGGCAUAUGUCUUAUCUUGAUCCCAAUGGCACGUAAACUGGAGCACCUGAUCAUUCCCAACGCUGGGCUCGGCUUUGCCAUCGGCAUGGUGGACUCAUCCAUGAUGCCUGAACUCGGUUUCCUGGUGGACAUCCGCCACGCCGCUGUUUACGGUUCCGUCUACGCUAUUGGAGACACUGCCUUCUGUUUGGGCUAUGCUGUUGGUCCAGCGUUCUCAGGAGCCCUGGUAAACAGCAUUGGCUUUGAAUGGAUGCUAGUCAUCAUCGCGAUCCUAAACUUCGCAUACGCACCGUUCCUGUUGCUGCUGCGCUCACCACCAGCCAGGGACGAAAAACAGAGCCUAAUUAUAAGCGAAAAGUCAUCAGUUCGCUAUGUGAGCUACCAAAACGAGGAAGAAGAAUAAGCCCGCCAUUUUGACAACGCCACCAUCUUGAGACCCGCCCGAUUCUAACUUUAUUAGACUUUGCCAAUAAAUAUAUUGCUUCAAAUGAAAAGAAAAAAAAA